AAGACGACGUCGGCUCUAGGCAUCUUGUUCGCGAUUCUUUCAAAGCUGGGGAAGCAAGGUGUAAUAUUAGUUUUCUGUGUCGGUCGUCCAUAGCUGCUGCGAACUGCGUUAAAAGUUAAAUGGUGACACACAACACAGUGGUCUGACAAAAAGAGCAGUGUUCAAGAAGAAGCAGGAAAAGUGAAGAAAAAGUUUUAAGAAAAUCGAAUGGAAAUGCUCAUUUGCUACUAAAUAAGGAAUAAAUUGAAAAGUCGAGGUUCUGGUGUUGAUUUUGCAGUUGUUUCUGGUCGUCCACUUUAAAAGUACAGUAAUAAUCGAGCACCACUGGAAAGUGAGAUCCCGGAAGCAAAACGUAUCUGGUGAAUGCGAUUAAAUUUUAUAAGUUAUAAUAAUUGGAAUAGUCUAAAAAGCGUGAAAAUAGUUUAAAAAUCGUAAAAACCAUCGCAUCCAGCAGCAGUAGUGAAAAAAGGAAUGUAAAUACGAUACAAAUUUCUCGAGGACAGUGAAAUAGAGUUGGACUUUGACCAAAGCACGAGAUUCGUCUGGUUUGUUCCGACAAAUUAUGAUUGUGCGAAAGAUAAAACUAAUCACUUGAAGUGAACCAGACAGAGUUACCGCAGUGAGCCCCGUUUGUGGUGGACCGGAAGGAGAAGGAGCGCUGAAAUAAUGCUGGCACCAGGAAUCCGAGUCGUUCGGGGGCCUAACUGGAUUUGGCAAAACCAAGAUGACGGUGAAGGACACGUUGGAACGCUGUGUGAAAUAGGCCGUUCCGGAUCGACACAUUCGCCAGAGAAAACUGUGGUAGUGAACUGGGAUUCGGGCCACCGGACAAACUAUCGCGUCGGCUACCAGAAGCAGUACGAUUUAAUAGUGGUGGAUAACGCGCAGAUCGGGGUGAAACAUCCGAACAUCAUUUGCGACGGCUGUACCAAACCGGGAAUCGCCGGUAUCAGGUUUCGCUGUGCGGAUUGUCCCAACUAUGAUUUAUGUGCUACAUGCUAUGGAAACGACGUUCACGAUCUAGAGCACUCGUUUGUUCGCUACCAGACUGCGAAUUCGGUCGGUGUUCGUGUUCCGCCCCGAAAAGGUGCGAUCAAGAUACAGCUGAAAGGAAUUUUCGUAGGAGCUCGAGUGGUUCGCGGUCCGGACUGGGAAUGGAAUAACCAAGACGGCGGACCGAACAAGACUGGGCGUGUUAUGGAAAUACGCGGCUGGGACAACGAAUCGUGUCGAAGUGUAGCAAACGUAUCUUGGGCUUCCGGGUCAACGAACGUGUACCGGUUAGGGCACAAAGGCAACGUGGAUUUGCGAUACGUUCAACCUGCAGUUGGAGGGUACUACUAUAAGGAUCAUAUGCCGGUUCUAGGACAAACUGAAGAGCAACAGCCGGUAUCGCCACCGGUUCGUUCGCACUUCAACGUUGGCGAUCGCGUUCAGGUGGCCAUCCCGGAGGAAAGACUUAUGGCGCUCCAACAGGGUCACGGAGGCUGGAAUCCGCGGAUGGCCGAGUAUUUAUCGAAGAUUGGCAUUGUACAUAGGAUCACGGACAAGGGUGACAUUCGGGUGCAAUACGAGGGAUGCGCCAACCGUUGGACGUUUCAUCCGGCGGCUCUGAUUCGGAUUUAUAGUUUUAAUGUGGGCGACAUUGUUACCUUCAUCACGGACGCAACCAAGAUGCAGCAGCUGCAGAAAGGUCAUGGUGAAUGGGUUGAGACCAUGCACAAUGUGCUGGGAAAGUCCGGUAAGGUAAUCAAGAUCUACGGGGACGGCGACUUGAGAGUGCAACAGUGUGACGAUGAUUUGGCAUGGACGGUAAAUCCAAAGUGCGUGAAACUGGAACGUUCGUUAAUCUCGCAGGCAACAGCAACGGAACGAUCGAAUAGUAUGAUGGAUUUAAGCAAUCAACGUACAAAUGAGCACCACAUGACGCCUCUGUCUGGUUUGUCCGGGACAUCGGCUGCGGAUCGGCUCGUGCGGGAAGCUGCCCAAGGAAACAUGGAGUUCGUUCAGACCUAUCUGAGUGCCAAUGCGGAGGAAGUAGACUGCGUUAGUGGGGGCAAAACCUGCCUGCAGGUAGCCGCCCACCAAGGCCACGUGGACCUCGUGAAACAUCUGCUGGCGCUGGGCGCCAACGUAAACGUGGUCGACAAGGAGGGCGACUCGACGCUGCACUAUGCCGCCUUCGGUAACCAGCCGGAAGUGAUGCGAAUUCUGCUGCAAAACAAUGCAAACAUCGACGUGCUAAAUUCGUCGCACUGUUCGGCGUUGCACAUUUCGGCCCAUAAGAAACCGCCCUACUGUGUCAAGGUGUUGCUGGAGUUCGGAGCGAAUGUGAACGUGCAGGAUGCGUACGGGGAUACGGCGCUGCACGAUGCGAUCGGCAAAGAGAACACGGAGGUUGUGGAGCUGCUCUGCAAUAGCUCGACGUUGGAUUUGACUAUUCGCAACAAACGAGGUUUCAAUGCAUUGCAUCAUGCUUCGCUUAAGGGGAACGUCCAUGCUGCUAGGAAUAUAAUCCGACUGGCGCGACAGCUAGUCAACGUGAGAAAGGAUGAUGGCUUCUCUGCCCUUCAUUUAGCUGCGCUUAAUGGGCACUCAAAAGUGGUGGAAGUUUUGGUGAAGGAAGGACAAGCUGAUAUUAAUAUUAGAAAUAACAGGCGACAGACGCCCUUUUUAUUGGCCGUUUCACAAGGUCACACGGCGGCAAUUGAAAAGCUGGUAGAACUGAAAUGCGAUAUCGCUGCCAAGGAUGAGGAUGGGGACAAUGCGAUGCAUUUGUGCAUCAUUAAAAAAGCCAAUCUAGUGCAGGAAGUAUCCGCGACCGAUUCGCCGAAAAUUUUCGAAAUGUAUCAAUCACUUGUGCCGGUGGUUAGUGAAAAUCGACUUAUGUAUGCGUUGUUAUGCUUUCUCGCAAAAGAGGGUUGCCCAGUGGAUAUAAACUAUAAAGGGGCGCGAGUGUUGGAUUGGAUUCCUAGUCAACAGAUCAAGGAUAUUAUUAUAGGUUAUGAACGAAAUAGAAUAACUCGAGAGAAAGCAGCGGCCGCCGGACCGCCGGCUACAGAUCGAUCACUGAACAACUCUCGCGAUGAGGAAGAUGAUCAGCCAGUGAAUCAAGUCCAGUCGAAUUUGGACACGAUGACUUUAGUAGGCAAUAAUUUAGACGAAAAUGAAGGUAACAAUUUGCAGCCUGAAGGAGCGGCAAGUCCUGGAACAAGUGGACUUGGACAAUCAAAUCCUCCCACGCCGGCACGAAGAAAUCGGGGACAUAAUCGAGAGACAACCGUUGGCACCCCUCCUCCGCCGGUUCCAAGUCAUUCUCACAACAAUGCUGCACUGGAUGAUGAUUCUAAACGAAUGAAUAUUGUAGAAGCAGUUGUAUCAUCGAAUGAGCAACCCUCGCAACAACCAGCAGGUACUGUUACACCUUUAGAUAGCCCAGCACGUUUCCAAUCACCAAAUCGAGCCUUAUCGCCUACUGUGGUAGCAGGCGCUCCGGCGGAAACCGGCGGCACGUCAAAUAAACAUAUCAGCCGACGGCAGUACUCGGAUAAAAAUUCAUCCUGUUCUCCAGUGGCCAUUCCUCCUUCCAAUCCUAGCCCGCCAGUCAUUAGUACCACACCUCAGGAAUGCAUCGUUUGUAACGAACAACUGCUCCUGAUCGUAUUCGAACCCUGUCAGCAUCAAAUUUCCUGUGAAGAGUGUGGCGUUCGAAUGAAAAAAUGUCUAUCGUGUGGAUUGUACAUCGAACGACGUCUAACUGUAGGAGGAAAGCAGCUGUUGAAUCCCAAGGAUACUCGCCUACCAUCGGCUGAUCGACUUCGCUAUCUCGAAAGUAAGAUAAUGGAGAUUGAAGAGACGCACUGCUGUAGUAUAUGCAUGGAACGUCGCCGGAACGUUGCUUUUCUCUGCGGACAUGGGGCCUGCUCGAAGUGUGCUGAAACGCUCAAGAUUUGUCACAUGUGCCGGAAAACCAUCACAAAGAAGAUUAACCUCUAUUAAGUGUUUAACAUUUCUUCCCCAGCGAACUGAAUAUUCUAACUAGUUCGCUUAGUUACCAAAUCAUCUCUUUAUUACUUUCUACUCUCCCAAAUAAUCUUUGCUUCAUCAAUGUAUGUCGCUACGUCUAUGAAACAAGUCCCGUUUUUAGAUAGAUCUUGCCUAAUUCAAUUACUCAUAUGAAUAAACGUGCAUGCGUUAUUUUUCUCUUACAAAAAUAAUACGAGAUUUACUCAGAUAUGAGCUUUUAUUCAUAUGAUUUUAUUCUUCUGUAUGCUAGGUAUUAAUAGGGAAUCGAUUUUGUCAAACCAUGUACAUAAACCGGUGUUCCAAUUAAAUAUGUAAUUGUAUUUAUGUACGCGUUCUUCCAAAUAUCUACCAUGAAAGUAAAAGAGAGUUAUUCUUUCUUGCGAAAGUGAAGCAUACGCGCGAAGCUACACCUCCAAUUUCCUCAGUCUCUUGAUUGAUGUUCUGCACACAAACUUACACGUUUUUAAGAAUUGUUUUCAUGUGCUAAAAGUAUACCAACAUACCUGUCUCUAUUGUAAGUACCCGUUGCACACAAGCAAAGCACUGUGUUCUGCCAUCGUUUUUUUGUUUAUAUUUAUUAACUUACGACUAUGUGUUUCAAAAGAGAUGUUUGUUUAGUUUGGAAAUUAUAAAUGUUAUUAUUUUGAUUUGUACGAUGCAGUUUUUCGAAUGAAAUCGUGAAUGCGGCUGAGCUGAACGAACAAAAAAUAUUCUGCUUGGAAAAAUUAUACAUUUUUAAUAUAUAUUGUCUUGUAUAUCAAAACACACAAACACGCGAACACAUUACCAUAUUCGAUUGUUAUUAUAUAAUAAAAAAUAUAAUAAGAAAUGUGAAAAGUUGUUUGUACGCACACCAUACAUGAA